CGCCGCCGGGAGCGCGCGCGGCGGCGGGGCGGGGCGAGGCGCGGCGCUGAGCGGCGGCGGCGGCGGAGCGGGCAGCGAGCGCGGGGCCGCGCCGGGGCCGGGGCCAGGGCCGGGGCCGGGGCCGGGGCCGGGGCCGGGGCGGGCGCGGGCGGCGGGGCCCGCCGGUCGGCCGGCGCCAUGGGCACGGUGCUGUCGCUGUCGCCGAGCUACCGGAAGGCCCCGCUGUUCGAGGAGGGGGCGGCCACGGUGGGGCACUACACGGCGGUGCAGAACAGCAAGAACGCCAAGGAGAAGGGCCUGAAGCGGCACUCGCUCAUCUCGGUGCUGCCCUGGAAGCGCAUCGCCGCCGUCUCCGCCAAGAAGAAGAGCUCCAAGAAGGUGCAGCCCAACGGCGGCUACCAGAGCAACGUGACCCACCUCAACAACGAGAACCUGAAGAAGUCGCUCUCCUGCGCCAACCUCGCCACCUUCGCGCCGCCGCCGCCCGCCGCCGCCGCCGCCGCCGCCGCGCUCGCCUCGGCGCAGAAGGCGCCGCCGGCCGCGCCCGCCGCCGCCGCCACCCCGCGCCGCGUCGUGGUGCAGGCGUCCACCAGCGAGCUGCUGCGCUGCCUCGGCGAGUUCCUCUGCCGCCGCUGCUACCGCCUCAAGCACCUCUCGCCCACCGACCCCGUGCUCUGGCUGCGCUCCGUGGACCGCUCGCUGCUGCUGCAGGGCUGGCAGGACCAGGGCUUCAUCACGCCGGCCAACGUGGUCUUCCUCUACAUGCUGUGCCGGGACGUCAUCUCGGCCGAGGUGGCCUCGGACCACGAACUGCAGGCCGUGCUGCUCACCUGCCUGUACCUCUCCUACUCCUACAUGGGCAACGAGAUCUCCUACCCGCUCAAGCCCUUCCUGGUGGAGAGCUGUAAGGAGGCCUUCUGGGACCGCUGCCUCUCCAUCAUCAACCUCAUGAGCCCCAAGAUGCUGCAGGUCAACGCCGACCCGCACUACUUCACGCAGGUCUUCGCCGACCUCAAGAAGGAGAGCGGCGCCGAGGAGAAGGGCCGCCUGCUCAUCGGCCUCGACCGGUGAGCGGGGCCCGGCCCCGCCGCCGCCGCCCCCGGGGACGCUCCGGCGGCCGAGCCCCUCCGGUUUGUGUGUCCUCCCCCCCCCCCCCCCAAAAACCGGUCCCCCCCCCCCGUUUUCCAUCCCCGCGCCCCCCCCCCCCCCCGGAGCCGCCGGGCGCGGACACGGCGCAGGGACAAGUUGGGCUUUUUUUUCUUAAUGGCUUGAAGGUCACAAGCGCCUCCCCCCCCCCCAAAACCUUCCCCCCGGGGGGGCUUCAUCAGCCGCGGCGGGGGGGGCAGAGGUGCAAGGAGCUGCCGGCUAGACGGGCGCGGCGUUAAUGCAGACAAAGAGCAGGUACGGGGAAAAAAAUAUAUAUAUAUAUGUGUGUGUGUAUAUAUAUAUUUUUAUAUAUAUAUAUAUAUUUAUAUAUGUAUUUUUAUAUAUAUAAAAAUAUAUAUAUAUAAAAAUGCUGGAAAGGGUUUCUCAAACCGGUGCUCCGGCCGUGUCAGAGCCGAUGGCAGCGAGCGCUACGGCACGGAGCCGGGCCCGACACCCCCCCCCCCCCGGUACCCCCCUUCCCCCGGU